AUGUUUCUCAAGAAUGGAUUGUCAAAUUAUUUAAAAGAUGUGGUUAAAGAUGGUCUAGAUUGGCUGGAUGAGUGCUUGAAAUCUCAUCAAAAUCAAAAAUGUUCAGAAGACAUAAAAUCCAAAAUCAUAUUGUUGACUCCCACAAAGAAGCCACAGACAAGAAAUGAAGUGAGAAAAAGACAGCAACAGCUGGAAUUGUUGAUGAAUGUUUCAGCUAGAGCAAAUGACAAAACACCACCAAAUUGCUUGCCAAAGAGUGCAGAAGAAAACACAGUUGAAAAAGAUUCUAAGAAGGACCUUCUGCAGCAAAAGUUGCCAAAAUGUCAGCCAAAAAAUGUGACUAAAGAUUGUGCUAUCUUACUGUCACCUCUCAACAGCCAGCAGCAAAACAACAACAAAAGAAAAGUCGCGGAAACUAACAACAAAAAUGUUAAAAUUCGAAAGGUUGAGGUUGACAUUAUUGAAAAUGUGGAUGGUGUUGAUGGUCACCAUUUGAAUGUUCUGAAAAAUAAAACAAAUGAAAUAGAUGGGACCAAUAAACGAUCAAAACAAGGCAGGAAUAUAGAAGCCAAAAAGCAGAAGGAAAAGGUAGUGAUGAACCUUUCAAUAAUGAAAAACUCAACACCAAGGCAGAAACCCUUAACAAGAAAUCAAGCAAGGAAAAAAGAACAACAACAACAGCAACAACUUCAGCAGCAACAACUUCAGCCGCAACAACCUCAGCAGGUAGAAUAUACAAAGCCCUCAUCAACAAAGUCAUCUAGACUGAGAACAACGAAAAAUCUGCAGAAACAAAAUUUGUUUAAACAAAAUUAUCAACGACAGCAACAAAUUUCAUUCCUUCAUUCUACUCUGAUUUCUGAAUUUACUGGCAAAGAUCUAGUCACCAAGAAGAAAGUCAGUUCAAAAAAGAUGAGAGAACAGCAUGUGAAGAGUAAGAAAACUAAAGGAACAGUAAAAGCAGUGAAUGAAAAUGAACAAUUCAACUCCUCUUCAUUGAAGGAUUGUCAGGUUGUCAUCAGCCCUAUCAAGCAUACUAAACUGAUGGUGAUGAAACAAGUUGUAGAUGAUGAUAUCAAUGAUAACAAUGAUGAUAAUGUAUCUAGUAUCAGUAAAAGGUCUAAACUAAUCAAAAAUAACUUCAAUGAAAAGAAUGUGAAACAGUCUAGAGUUAAAUUGUUAGAUGUUUUGAGGGAGGUCGAGGAUAAUAAUGAUACCAUAGUUUGCUCUGGUGGCGGUUUUGGCAUUGAUGAGGAUUGCUAUCGGGCUAGCGACAAUGAUAUUAACAAAAGUAUCCACACUAUCAAUGGCAAAGCUAACCACAAACAUUCUGUUGAUGCCAGUUGCAAAGGUCCUACCAAUGAUCAACAAAAUAAUUUAAAAAAAUGUAAGAAAAAUAUUAACCCAGGGUCCAAGAACAAUAAGAAGAACAAUAAAAAAAUAGGCCCUCCUAUGAAUAAUGACAUUAAUGCCGAUCAUUCUGAAUGUGAAGCAGAAGUUGUGUAUGUUGUCGAUAAAUGUGUUUUUGUCGAUAUGGGAGAUGACACUCUUGUUGAUCGGGAGAGUGCUUACUUUGAUGCAGCUGAUAAUAUUGAUAAUAAUAAUAGCCCACUUUGCAGUAAAAAGACCUGUCAAAAUGCUGACAUACCUAAUGAUAAUAUAGAUAAUAAUAACGGUGGUGAUAUGAGUGAUCGUACAAAUGAGGUAAAAUCGGACAUGGCUGCUGUUGCAAAAGAUGAGGAUGAUAAAAACGAAGAUGUUGCUACAGCUUGCGACAAUGAUGAAAUUGUCAUUGAAAUAGAUUGCCCCACUGAUGAUGAUGGUGGUGAUGGUGGUAUGGGAGGGAAUGAGAAAGUGAACGAUGUACAAUCUUUCCUAGAUGUGAUUGGCAACAUCAAUAAACAAGUUGUUGACAGUGAAAAAGUCAGUGAUAAAAUCGAUGAUGAAGAUGAUGAGGUGGACGAUGAAGAUGAGAUUGGCAGCAGUCACCAGGAUAUCAGUGUUAACAUCAAUAAAUUUGUUGUAAGCAAUGAAAACGUUGAAGAUUAUUUUGUGAAAAAUGAUAACAUUAAUGCUACAGAUGAUAGUAACAUUAUUGUUAACACUGACAGCGGUGAUAACAGAAGUGCUAACGAUACAUUCACAGAUGAAAAUGUUAAUCAUGUCAACAACAACAAGGAAGACAGUCAGGUAAUUUAUUCCUACAGUGCGACUACAGAUACUCCCUCGUCAGCUGCUACAAACAUGUCUUCAUAUACAACAACAUCAUUUAAAAAUAAUGCCAGCGUUCCUGUCGUCAGUAAUUUGACUAUGACCUCUCCAAACUACUCGACGUCGAGUCACAGUAAUGUUAACAGGUGA